AUGGAGGUAGUGAAGAUAUCUAGACAUGCAUGGAAAGAUGGGUUCAUCAAAGGAGCUAUUCCACAGCUGCCUUUAUCAAUACUGAACUCGGUGAUUGCUGUGUGCAAAUUGUCCUCGGAUCUUUUCCCUGAGAGGGACUUCUCUCCCUCUUCGAUUUCAGUGACCGUCGGGUUGAUGAAUGUGGUAGGUUGCUGGUUUGGAGCCAUGCCCAUGUGUCACGGGGCGGGGGGCCUGGCAGGUCAAUACAAAUUUGGGGGCAGGACUGGUGCGUGUGUGGCGCUGCUCGGGGCGGCCAAGUUUGUGUUGGGAUUGGUUUUGGGGACCUCUUUGGUGAGAAUUCUGAGCCAGUUUCCGGUUGGCGUUUUGGGGGUUCUGCUUUUGUUCGCUGGGAUUGAACUGGCAAUGUGUGCUAGAGACAUGAACACCAAGGAGGAAGCCUUUGUGAUGCUUAUUUGCACUGCUGUCUCACUAGUGGGCUCAAGUGCAGCACUAGGGUUUGUGGUUGCGAUGAUUGUGUAUGGCCUUCUUGGGCUAAGAAAAUUCGCCUGCAGGAACGAACCUUUGGAUUCUCUGACGUCUGCGGAGGGUCCAUAG